AGAGAUUUGACGGUGGGACACUCCUGUACAUGGACCAUCACUGCAAUCCGCCUGCGAGCACACACACGCAUGUAAUGCCUCGGUGAAAUUUGGACGUACACGGUGGAGAAAACACGCAUGUGAAUAUUUUAUUUUUGCAUGUCAGGAGAGGAGGAACUAGUCGCCGGGUCCGCGGCUGUUUGUCUUUUCUUAUCGCUUCUCCCCCCCUAUGUCACUCUAAUUAAUCGGAGGCAUGUGGAAUCGCACAAGGAUUAGGAAUUGCUUCCCAAUAGUGUGCCUGCUGUUGACGUUAUGGACGGAGGUGUCCCAGUCAACCGGCUAUUUCGAGCUGCAGCUGAUCUCCGUGGAGAAUGUAAACGGCGAGUUGGCGGACGGGGAGUGCUGCGACGGCUCCAGGAGCUCCAUGGACCUGCGCUGCACCCAAGACGAGUGCGACACUUACUUCAAAAUCUGCCUGAAGGAGUACCAGAUGGAGGUCACCACCACCGGCCUGUGCACGUUCGGAGCUGGAACUACGCAAGUUCUCGGUGGAAAUAUGUUUUCUUUUAAGGGAGCGAAGAAUAAUCCGAAUAAGAUCGACGAAGGAGGCAAGAUUUUGAUCCCUUUCCAGUUCGCCUGGCCGCGGACGUACACGGUGAUCGUAGCAGCCUGGGACUGGGACAACAGCACACGCAACAUUGAUGAUGAGCUGCUGAUCGAGCGCAGCAUCCACACCGGUAUGAUCAACCCCGGAGACCCCUGGCAGACCAUCCUGCACGACGGACCCGUGGCUCGCAUCGUCUACCGCAUCCGAGUGCGCUGCGACGAAAACUACUACAGCAACAAGUGCAACAAGCUGUGUGUUCCUCGGGACGAUUACUUUGGACACUACCGCUGCGAGCCGUCGGGAGCCCAGCUGUGCCUCGACGGCUGGAUGGGCUCAGACUGCAGGACAGCAAUCUGCAAGCAAGGCUGCGACCUGUUACAUGGCAGCUGCUCCGUCCCAGGGGAAUGCAAGUGUAACUACGGCUGGCAGGGGCAGUUCUGUGAUGAAUGUGAGCUGUACCCGGGGUGCGUUCAUGGGACCUGCAACGUCCCGUGGCAGUGCAGCUGUGAGAGGAACUGGGGCGGCCUGCUGUGCGAUAAAGAUCUGAAUUACUGCGGUCGGCACCACCUUUGUGUGAACGGAGGAACCUGCAUGAACACAGAACCAGACGAGUUCCACUGCUCCUGUCCUCAGGGAUACUCCGGCAAGACCUGUCAGAUCGCUGAGCACGCCUGUGUUUCCAAUCCUUGCGCUAACGGCGGUUCAUGCCACGAGGUUCCUUCAGGGUUCAAGUGCCACUGUCCACCAGGCUGGGAGGGUCUGACCUGUGCCAACAAUUUGGACGAGUGUGCGUCCAGUCCAUGUGCUCAGGGAGGAACCUGUGUCGACCUGGAGGACGGCUUUGAGUGUGUGUGCCCUCCGCAGUGGAAGGGAAAGACCUGCCAGAUAGAUACAAAUGAGUGUGCAGGAAAGCCCUGCGUGAACGCUUACUCUUGCAAAAAUUUGAUUGGCGGCUAUCACUGCGACUGUUUUCGGGGAUGGUCCGGACAAAACUGUGAAAUCAACAUCAACGGCUGCCAUGGUCAGUGCCAGAACGGAGCAACAUGCAAGGAGGGCCAGAGGAGUUACCACUGCCAGUGUCCUCCAGGCUUUGUAGGCACUCACUGUGAAAUCCAGAGGAACAAGUGUGAGAGCAGACCGUGUCAGAACGGAGGACAGUGCCACGCCGUGCUGGACGGCUUCGUGUGUCAGUGCCCACCGCAGUUUGCUGGACAGCUGUGUGAGAUCUCUGGCUGGACCCCCUCAGAUGCAUGUGAUCCGAACCCCUGUGAGAACGAGGCCCAGUGCCACAGCAUGGAGCAGGACUUCUACUGCGCCUGCCCCGAAGGCUUCAAGGGGAAAACCUGUGAGCGUCUGAAGGAGAACUGCCAGACCGCCCUGUGUCAAGUGAUUGACAGCUGCACUGUUGCUGUGGCGACCAACGACUCAGCCGGAGUGCGUCACAUCUCCUCAAACGUCUGCGGGCCGAGAGGACGAUGCAUCAGCCAGCCCACCGGAAACUUCUCCUGCUUCUGUGACCCGGGCUUCAGCGGCAUCUACUGCCAUGAGAACAUCAACGACUGCACCAGCAACCCCUGUGGGAACGGAGGGACCUGCAUUGAUGGAGUGAACUCGUUUCAGUGCGUCUGUCCCGAUGGUUGGGAGGGUCGACUCUGUGACCUCAAUGUCAACGAGUGCAGACACAACCCGUGUAAGAACGGCGGGCGCUGCGUGGAUCUGGUGAACGACUUCUACUGCGAGUGUGCCGACAACUGGAAGGGCAAGACCUGCCAUUCCCGUGAGAGCCAGUGUGACGCGACCACCUGCAGUAACGGAGGAACCUGCUACGACCACGUAGACGCUUUCCGCUGUGCCUGCCCUCCUGGAUGGGGAGGAAACACCUGCAACACAGCCAAGAACAGCACAUGCGCCUCCAGUCCUUGCUCCAACAGUGGGACCUGUGUGGGAGGAGGAGACACUUUCACCUGCAUCUGCAAAGAGGGCUGGGAAGGCCCCACCUGCGGCCAGAAUAUAAACGACUGCAACCCUCAUCCAUGUUAUAAUGGCGGUAUCUGUGUGGACGGAGUCAACUGGUUUCGGUGUGAGUGCGCUCCUGGGUUCGCCGGACCAGACUGCAGAAUCAACAUAAACGAGUGCCAGUCUUCGCCCUGUGCUUACGGUGCCUCCUGUGUGGACGAGAUCAACGGUUUCCGCUGCAUCUGUCCACUCGGUAGAACAGGAGCCCGAUGCCAAGAGUUUAUAGGUAUUGGGAAGACUUGCCGCUUUGCUGGGCUGCAGUUUCCACAUGGCAGUCACUGGGAGGAGGACUGCAACAGCUGCCAUUGCAUCAAUGGCAAAGUGGAAUGUACAAAGGUGCUGUGUGGUCGUCGUCCCUGCCGGCUCCAGACUUCAGGCUCAGAUCAGAGACAUCAGUCCUGCCCGGCUGGACGCCAGUGUCUGGAUCACAGCUACCUCACCUGCUUCUCCCCCCCUUGCCAUCAGUGGGGGGUUUGCUCCAUGACAGGAGCCUCACCUCCAAAAGCAACCACCAAGUGCCAGCCAAACACCGGGCAUUUGGAUAACAGCUGUGGCCGCAUAACACUCCUUUUCAACAAAGACAAAGUACCAACAGGAACAACAGUGGAGAACAUAUGCCAUGAGCUAAGGUAUCUUCCUGAUACCCGAGGUUUGGCAAAGGACCACUCCCUUCUCCUGCUGUGUGACCUCUCUCAGUCGGAUCAGGAUGCUGUAGAGGUGGCUAUAUCUUUCCAUCCAGAGGAUCUUCCCGACCACAGUCUUAUCCGGGAGGCAGCCAGCGCUAUAGUGGGCACGUUGUCCAAGCGGCACAACAGCACCGUGAUGUUGGCUGUCAUUGAGGUCAAAGUGGAAACACCAGUCAUGCCCCCCUCAGUCGAUUACCUGGUGCCUCUUCUAUGUGGGAUCUUCUGCUCGCUCUGCCUCUUCUGCAUCAUCGUAUCUGUUUGGUGGACGCGCAAACGGAGAAAAGAGCGUGAGAGGAACACAGCCUCCGAUGAUAACGUGAACAACCAAUGGCAGCCGCUUCGGCUCGUUGUUGGACGUCAGCAGCAGCAGCAGCAGCAGGCGCUGAAGGAAAACAACAGGGACGCCGAGCAGGAGCGCAAAAAGCUCAUGGGCCCCUCCUAUCAGACGUGUGACGAGGGGGAGGAGGAGGAGGAGGAGGAAGAGACGGAAGGCGAGCUUGAACUCGAGGAGGAGUGUGGUGGAGCAGAGGCGGGGAAGCAGCCAGUUUAUAAGUACUCUAAGACUGCAUCGCAGUCCAGUGGGGAAGUGAUCUGUACCAUGCACAGCUCCAGCUCAUCCCUCAAAGCGCCCCACCGGACCCCAGGCUACAGCCCCAAAGACAACCGCUGGAAAAAUGUCAGUGCCGUCUUCACUGGUCAAAAAGACCUCAAAGACCAUUGUGUAUUAGAAAUGUAAACAAAGGACUCGUGAUGUGGAAGUGAGAGAAGCAGCAAGGCAGCGGCUAUUCUUAUUUUCGGACUUCUUUUUGAAAGAAAAAAGGCUUUGUGUUUUAUAAGUCUUUCUUUGCUUUGUUUUCAUGUUUUUUUCACUGUUACCUGAAAUUAGUUUUGCUUCAGGAGGCUGGAGCACAGUGAACAUCCUAAUUUGCUUCUGUUCAUUUAUUUUUCUUUGAUUAUGUACAGAAGGAGCUGAAAUGUAACACUUUUUCACGAGGCUCUCUGCAUUUUUUGUUUAUGGAGUUAUACCAUUUAUGAAACGAUGAAUCAUCGGAAAGGAGAAAAAAAGAAACCUGUAUAAAGACUUUUUUUUGUUUACAGAUUAUGAUUUUGUUUAAUUGUCAGCGGGCUCCUGUUCAGUGUCUGUGGUGGGGCAGAUACACUUUAAAGGGACAGUAAAGCAACGUCUUUGAGGGAAACGGACUGUUGCAGCCACAGUAACAGAGAAACCCUCCUUUGCUCUGUCUCUUCCCGGCUUUGCCCGCCGAUCCACCUGUGGCCGUCAUGCGCCAGCCUUACCAAAACACUUGGCCUGGAGGGGAGAGGGGACAGAAACCCCAGUGCCUACUAUGUGGCCUUCCAUUUGUGUUCUCCUGUCUCUCAGUUGUCUUGGCUGAAAGCUCUGUUUGAGGAUUUUUUUGCAGUAUUUGAGUUGGUAGCAAGUGCCUUUCCAAGAGCCGCCGUGUUCAGGCUCCGAGUCGCGCUGCCCAGUUUGACCUCCUUGUUCUCAAAUCUCAAAGGGAUAUAAGUGUACAUCUAGAGAGUUCAAUUUCACAGCAACGCCAUUCGAGGUAUUUGAUCAAAACAGAAAUGAAUACUCUGUAUAUAUGUGUAAAUACUAAAGGAGUCGCUGUGUAUAUUUGAAAUAAGUAACUUAAAGACAAGUCACACAUUUUUAUUAUUAUUAUUAUUGUUUAUAAUUAUUAUGAUUAAUAUUAUUUUUAUUUUUUUUACAACGCCAUUCCUUUUAUUUAUGCCAGUCGAAAUAGGCACGUUUUAUAACACUUCAUAUCCAGAGUCCCACAGUUAAGAACCUUUACAGUGAGGUACCACCUAUGAAGGACUUUCUGAAGGGUUUAGAAAUGGUAAGCAAUGAGGACCCCUUUUUUUUUUUUUUUGACUGUCACAUCAACAGUUGUUGCUACUUCUUUAGCGCUUUUAAGUUACAGCAAAUCAGUGAGGCUUUUCAACACCAGACACUUACCAUAACAAUAAAUGACCAAAAGAUUACUACUUCCAUUUCAUGUUUAAUAAUAAAACCCGAUUUUUCAUGGAUGUAUUUGGUAAUCAUUACUAGAUUUGGUCGUGAUCUUAAACUUCCGUUUUUUUGAUUGACCUUAGUCGACAGUUGGACAGAAGAAAUUAUGGUCUUUGUAAUUGUUUUGCACUUAACUUUCUCUAUUGAAGGAAACCUUUAUUAGGAACAGGAAGAUGUAUAAAUGAUUAUUCCGGUUCCUAAUAUUUCAUAAUUGCAUUGCAAGAAUUUUAACCCAGUCGUAUUUGAACUGGUAGUCAAAAAUGUAUCAAAGGGCAAAACACUGUUGUCACUGCUUUUUAUUGACAGAAAGUAGAUUUUCUGCCCAUUCAAAGCAGAGCAGGCGUCUACUUGGAAAUUAUUUGUUUGAUUCUAUUAUUACUUUUACUUUAGUAAUUUUUUUCCCUUUUCUAAUACAAGAUGUAUCACUGAUUUUGGUUGUUAAAUCAUGAUUUGGUAUUUAGAAAAUUCAGAGAGUUCUAGGCAGGCAGUGUUGCAAAACUGCCAAUAUUUAUAGCCUUAAAAAGUCCUCAAACUGUUUCUAAACCCGUCACAAACCCUUUUGUUUCAGGUGCCUUAAUGUAAUGCAUUAUUUGUGUAUCAAUGGUCAUCUUUUUAUGUUUUGUUUUCAAUAUUAAGGAAAGUAACUCUUUAAAACGUUGUGUGGUGUAUAGUGGCGUGUUUUAUUCGCCUGAGUAAAGUGCUCUCCUUGUGUCGCUUUGCUAUCACGGAGAUUUCUGGAAUAAAACACUUGAUGGACGGAGGUUAAAAAAAUUAAGCGGUCCACCAUGACUCUUUUGAGUGUCAUGCAUGUGGAUGUCAGUAGUUCAAUUGUUGAAUCAUGCAUUAGCUUCAUAUUUGGUUACACGGCUUUAAUGAAGGGAACAAUAUUUGCAGUUUUUUCUUUUCUACCUUGCAGGUGUGUUUUUUUUUUUUAAGUUACCAACUCAGUUCAAAAUGACCCGUUUUUCAUAUGUCACUGUCUCAAAAAGGCAUCGUAUUUUCUGUAAAUGGGACACAGCAAAAUAAAGAAUUAAAGAUGCAUCACUGCUGGUGUUAAAAGCUGAA